AUGAGACCUCCCAGCCCUCUGCUGAUCCUGCUGUACGUCACGCUGUCCCAGAGUCUGAAGGUGGUCUCCAAGAGAGGCUCAGUGGAUGGCUGUACAGACUGGUCAGUGGACUACCUGAAGUACCGGGUGCUGCAGGGCGAGCCGGUGCGGCUGAAGUGUGCUCUGUUCUACGGUUACAUUCGGGCCAACUACAGCCAGGCGCAGAGCGUGGGCCUCAGCCUCAUGUGGUACCGCAGCUCCGGCCUCGGCCACGGAGACUUCGAGGAGCCCAUCUCCUUUGACGGCGUGCGCAUGAGCAAGGAGGAGGACGCCAUCUGGUUCAGACCUGCUGACCUCCAGGACGUGGGCCUCUACUCCUGCGUCCUACGGAACUCCACCUACUGUAUGAAGGUGUCCAUGUCUCUGACUGUGGCGGAGAACGACACAGACCUUUGCUACAACUCCAACAUGAGACGAGCUGAGAAGGCUGAGCUCAGCAAGAGUAAAGACAUCCUCUGUCCUGACAUAGAUGACUAUGUUGAACCUGGCAAAGAGCCAGACAUUACCUGGUAUAAGGAGUGCCAUCCGAAGCAGUGGCGCGCCAGCAUCAUCCAGAAGCGAGACACACUGUCUAUCCAGGAGGUAAAGGAGGACGACAUUGGGAAUUACACCUGCGAAGUGCAGUUUGGAGGCUUUCUGGUCAGGAGGACAACUGAGCUCACCGUCACUGCUCCUCUGACCGACAAGCCGCCAAAGAUCCUGUUUCCCUCGGAAAACAAGAUUAGCAACAUGGAGCUACAGCUAGGGGGUGCUUUGAACCUGACAUGCCGGGCGUUUUUUGGCUACAGCGGCGACGUCAGCCCUCUCAUCUACUGGAUGAAGGGGGAGAAGUUCAUAGAGGACCUGGAUGAAGAGAGAGUCCAGGAGAGCGACAUCAAGGUCGUCAAAGAGCACCUCGGUGAGCAGGAAGUAGCCAUCUCCUUGACGAUCGACUCAGUGGAGGAGGGGGACUUGGGAAAUUAUUCCUGUUAUGUUGAGAACGGCAAUGGACGCCGCCAAGCCACCAUCCAGCUCUUCAGACGGGCAGAGCUCAUGUAUACCGUGGAGCUGGCAGGAGGGCUGGGAGCAAUUCUGCUGCUGCUCAUCUUCCUCAUCUCCCUCUACAAAUGCUACAAGAUUGAGCUCAUGCUUUUCUACCGGAGACACUUUGGCAGCGAGGACGUGGACGGAGAUAAUAAGGACUAUGAUGCAUACCUGUCCUACACCAAAGUGGACCCUGACCAGUGGAGUCAGGAAACCAGGGAGGAGGAGCGAUUUGCCCUGGAGAUCCUCCCCGACGUCCUGGAGAAACAUUAUGGCUACAAACUCUUUAUCCCAGAUCGAGACCUCAUUCCCACAGGAAGUCUCACCAAUGAGCAUUACCAGGAUGACACAAGACUCCUUGGAGCCUACAUAGAGGAUGUGGCGCGCUGCGUAGACCAGAGCAAACGGCUCAUAAUCGUUAUGACACCCAACUAUGUGGUGCGGCGGGGAUGGAGCAUCUUUGAGCUGGAGACGCGGCUGCGCAACAUGCUGGUGACCGGCGAGAUCAAAGUCAUCCUGAUCGAGUGCGCCGAGCUGCGUGGCAUCAUGAACUACCAGGAGGUGGAGGCGCUCAAGCAUACCAUUAAAACCCUUACCGUCAUCAAGUGGCGCGGCCCCAAGAGCAACAAGCUCAGCUCCAAGUUCUGGAAGCAGCUCCAGUACGAGAUGCCCUUCAGGCGCACAGAGCCCAUGCUCAGCCACGAGCCGGCGCUGGACGUCAGCGAGCAGGGCCCCUUCGGAGAGCUGCAGACCGUCUCAGCCAUCUCCAUGGCGGCGGCCACCUCCACCGCCAUGGCCACCGCCCACCCGGAGCUGCGCUCCUCCUUCCACAACACCUACCACACCACCAUGAGGCAGAAACACUACUACCGCAGCUACGAGUACGACAUCCCCCCUGGAGGGACCCUGCCGCCUCUCUCCUCUCUGGGCAACCAGCACACCUACUGCAACAUCCCACUGACACUGCUGAACGGACAGAGGCCGCCCGGGAAGAGUCGCGACCACAGCCUGGAGGAGGCACAUGCCAACAACGCCAUGCUGCCUCUGCUGCCAAGGGAGACCAGCAUCUCCAGUGUCAUCUGGUAAUGAGGAGAGACUGACCGACUGGAGGGAGAUCAGGCAGGUCAGACGUAGUUAGGCUGGGCUCAGUCUGGCAGCUCUUAGGAACAUAGUUAAUGGUCAUGGGGCUAGCUAUCAUUACACCAAGACAGGUUUGAAUUCAUUUGGUUCAGAGUGAACCCUUGUGCACUGGCAGCGAGGGACGGAGCCGGGUCUGUGGACACUGGUUCCCUCGUUCUGUCAGGUGGACGAGUCCUCUACUGCAGGGGACGUUUUGUAUGUGCGACUAAAGGAGAUUAUUAUCAAACUGACAACACACUGUUUCAUCAACUACCGAGAGACGGACUCACAAGAACUCAACAAGAAAGUAAAGAACCCACACACUACGGCAUCUGCACACACAAACACACACAAUCAUGCAUACAUACAAACUAAAGGAAAACAGGGUCUUGUACAUAUAUUUCAA